AUGUCGGACCCCGAGUCCCCGCUGUGGGUGGCGACGCUGCUGCGCCAUCACAAGGAGCUGAAGCAGAGACAGGGCAUGUUUCAGUCGAGACAUAUGGAGUUCUUCCGGUUUAAGCGGUUCGUGCGCGCGCUGAAUUCGGAUGAGUACCGUGCCAAGAGCGAGCGGGAGCCAGAAAAGUACCCGCCGGUGCGGUCCGAAGAGGACGCGCGCGACGUGUUUGUGUCGCUGAUCAAGGCGCAGCUGGUGCUGCCGUGCACGAAACUGCACACGGCGCAGUGCCGCGAGCAUGGGCUCGCACCCAGCAAGGACUACCCGCACCUGCUGCUGUCGACAAAGGCCACGCUGGAUGCGGACGAGUACUACGUGUGGACACACAACCCGAAGACGCUCACGGACUACCUGACAGUCGUGGGGGUGAUUGUGGGCAUCCUGGCGUUUGUCUGCUACCCUCUGUGGCCGCACUCCAUGAAGCGGGUGGUGUACUAUCUGUCUCUGGGCCUGCUAGGCCUGCUCGCAGUGUUCUCUGCUCUGGCGCUCGUGCGCUUUGUCAUCUACGUGCUCUCGCUGGCGUUCUGCAGCGAGCGCGGCGGCUUCUGGAUCUUCCCCAAUCUCUUCGAGGACUGCGGUGUCAUCGCCAGUUUCAAACCGCUCUACGGCUUCGGCGAGACCGAGUGCUACGGCUACAUCAAGAAGCAGAAACGCCGCAAGCGCAAGCUGGAGAAGAAAAAACAGUAA